AUGGUUAAUUUUUUUGGAAGGAAAUCUUCUUCAAACCAUAUUUCGAUCAAUACAAUAGAUCAAGAAGUGCAAACAAUACUUUUGCCUCUAAAUACGAUGCAGUACAUCAUGUUCAACCCAAAAUAUCGCAUCAAAAAUAAUUAUAUAUUCCCAAAUAACCUUCUGACUAACUGCCUAUCUCUAACUGCAAAAAUAUUUUUUAUAAUCUCCUACGGUUAUAGUACAUAUUUUAGUGUACAAUAUACAGAAGAACUACCUGUUAUUUUUCAACAAUUCCUAUAUUUUUAUGAUUUCGUCUUCUACUGCAUCGGUUUCAUUGUAGUUUUUGUCAUUCAGAUUACUCAAAGUAAAAACUCUCUCAUGUUCGUGUUGGUAUUUCAAAAAGUACACAGGGUACUUAACAAUGAGAUCAAAACCAAGCGAACUGUUUUUUCUAUUUGGACCGUAGUGAUCCUCACAUCCUUGUUCUUUCCUUGUUACCUCACUGCCUAUAGCAUAUUAGCGAGUUUCCCUUUUCAUUUCUUAAUAGCCAGUUUCUUUUUUGCGGUUUUUGAUUUUAAUAUCGUCUAUGCAACACAAGUGAUGAAGUUACUGACAAAUAAAGUGGAUCUGUGGAACAGCUACGUUGAACAUGGCGAGAAACUGGAAGACAGGCAUGGAGGAGAUUACUAUGAGAAACUGUUUCAGACAUACGUUGACAUAUUGGAAUGUUAUGACAUUCAUAAUAGUUGCUAUCGGGCAUUCAUAAUGUUUUACAUUAUGGAGGUAUUCAACCAUUCUCUGGUUUAUAUUGAAGAAGCGCUGAUGGUCAUACAAUACGGUUUUGAAUAUUAUGAAAGUAUAAGUCAAAUAUCUUGGGUAACAAUAUUAAUAUUUAUAUGGCUGUUGAAGAAUUUUUUAUUGCUCACAAAGCUGAUACAUCAAUAUGAAAAGUUUUAUAUAGCGGUUGGCAAUGCUCACGAUACUUGUACACACAUGUUAAGAACAACAAACUCUGAUGCUGAAAAAAGGCUAUGUAAGAACAUGUUACGCGUGCACCGAGCUUCGUUCAGUAAGAUGAGUCUGUACGGCAUGUUCCACGUGGACGCGGUGUUACAGCAGGGGCUGAUGAUGCUCCUUACUGAAUAUACUGUUGUAUUACUACAGUUCACAUUUUUAUAA